AUGCAAUCCUACCAAACCGAUUUCUUAGACCUUGCCUUGGAAUCCAAGGCCUUGAAGUUUGGCACUUUCGUGUUGAAGUCAGGACGUGAGUCACCAUACUUCUUCAACUUAGGUUUCUUCAACACAGGUAAGUUGUUGUCUACGUUGGCAACUUCCUACGCCAAUGCCAUUAUCAAGUCUGGCCUCAAGUUUGAUGUGUUAUUCGGUCCUGCCUACAAGGGUAUUCCAUUAACUGCCAUCACCGUGGCCAAGUUGGCCGAAUUGGACCCAGAAAACUACGGUAACGUCGGUUAUUCCUUCAACAGAAAGGAAAAGAAAGACCACGGGGAGGGGGGCUCCAUCGUUGGAUGUGAGUUGUCCGGCAAAAAGAUCUUGAUUAUUGACGAUGUAAUGACUGCUGGUACUGCCAUUAACGAAGCAUUUGAGAUUAUUGCCAACGAAAAGGGAACAGUUGUUGGUACCAUCAUUGCCUUGGACAGACAAGAGACCACCAAGGAUUCUGAAAAGUCUGCUACCCAGGCCGUCUCCGCUAAGUACGGCAUCCCUGUCAUCUCGAUUGUUUCCUUGACUGAUAUUAUCAACCAUUUGAACGAUAAGAUCAGCCCAGCUGAGAUCGAGCAAAUCAAGAACUACAGAAACAAGUAUGCUCCAAAGUAG